UAGCAAAGCAGGCCACGCUUCAUGGGCUGUGGGCUAAUCAAUCCGACAUUUGAUAAACCCUACAAUCCCUCGACUUAUCCUCUCUUUCGCUGUCGCGAUAUCCUUCGGCCCUGCUCGAUGCGCUUCACCUCGUCCUCCCGGCGGCUGCUCUCCCGUUUCCUCUGCACGCUGCCGAAGAAACUUGACAACGUCCACCUCUACCUCCGCGAGCGUGUCGUCAAGGAGGCGCAGUGCUGGCUCACCGACUACCUCCACACCACCCGCGCCAUCCCCUUAUCCCACGCCGACUCCAUAAUUUCCCACGCCCCCUUCUCCCUCUCCGCCUUCGUCGCCCAGGUCCCCUUCCCUUCGCUCGCUGCACGCGCUCACGCGGACUUGAAUCGCACCUUCCGCCGCUUCCUAACGUACCACCCCCUCAACGAGUACGAAUUUUUUUUCGAGAGCAUCGGCCUCCCUCCCUCCUCCUACUCCACUGCUGCCUCUACCUACCCCAGUUACUUCCUUUCCGAUGACGCUUUGCUCCUUGCUGUAGCCUCGGCGCUCGUGCACUACGGCUUCCCAUGGACGAAGCUCGGCCUCCUCUACCGUGAGGAGCCCCGCAUCUUUUCAUCAGACUCCGACAGACUUAUUGCCAGGCUCGGCGCCCUCGAGGCCCGUGGCUUUCACCGUGCAUGCAUCAUCGGAAUUUGCCUUGCUUUCCCCUCCGCGCUGAGUGCAGAUGCUGACCCGGGCGGCGAAAUCGAUCGCUUGUUUCAGUAUCUGAACAAGGUCUUCCUCAACUUCGAUCUAUCAGACUCCGUCCCGGAAAACAAUCUGCAAAUCUUCCUCCGCGUGUGUAGGAAUAUUCGUGUGUUCUAUGAUUUGGAUUCUAGAAAGGGAACGAUGGGCGAGCUGAUGUGCAAGAACCUUCGGAAUAUAUUUCUUGAGCUGGAUGAUGCCUUAAUAGCCCAAAAAUUGAAGUUUUUCAUCAAAUUAGGAAUGGAGGCUUCUGACGCUGGGCAUUUCAUUCUUAAACAUGUUGAUCUUUUCAAUAUCGACUUCGACAAUCCAACCAUUGUGAUGCCAGAGUAUCUAAAGUGCAUUGGUUUGGAUGAGGAUGAAGUCAAGUUGUUGUGUCGGAAGUAUCCUUAUGUGAUGGGCAAGAAUAAAUUAGGGAAUUUGCCGGCAACAAUGAAAGCCAUGAAUCUACACAAGCGGUUCCUAGGCAAGAUCUUGAAUGGGAAUCACCAUUAUCUCUUAUCUGGAUUUGUUCUUGCUGGCUCUCAUGACACAGCAUUAGAUAGUGGGUUUCAUCAAGGUCUGGAAAGGCUAAAAUGUGCAAAGAGGGGGCAAUUCUUGGACAAGAAAGUGGAAUUCUUGCUGAGUAUCGGAUUUGGGGAGAAUAAGUUGACACUCAGAUCCAUUGCAGCACUCAAAGGCCCAAACGACCAAUUGCAAGAGCGCUUCGAUUGCCUUCUUGAGCUGGGUAUUGAGUACUCUGUGCUUUGUGGAAUGGUAAAUGCAAAACCCCUUAUAUUGAAUCAGUGCAAAGAUACCUUCCAUGAGAAGGUGAAUUUCCUUUGCAAAGACGCAGGCUACUCGUUGGAGUACCUUGAAAAGUUCCCUGCUUUUCUUUGUUUUGGUCUGGAGAACAGAACUAAGCCAAGAUUUAAAAUGCUAGAGUGGCUUAAAGAACUUGGCUUGCUGAAGAAGCUUCUCGCCCCAUCCACCUUCCUUACACAUUCUGAGAGGAGAUUCAUGACUUUCCUCUAUAGUGUUCAUCCAGCUGCUCCUAAACAGUGGCUGGAGCGCUAUUCAUGCAGACGUGACAAAGAUGCAAAUAAAAAUACCUUAUUUGUGCGUGUGCAUAAAAAUCAGGCUUAAAGAAUUGGCAAAUAGUUUUUUUUCAGUGUUGAUGAUCACUGAGGCUCUUCAGUGUACAUGUAACUUUAUUGGAACUUGAUUUGUUUCAUGCCAUAAUUCAGCCAACCAUUACCUUUGGAAUC